CUUGAAACUGGCUCAAUGGACUUUCUCUUGUAUCACAUCACACUUAUACAUCCUGAAAGCCAGUGGAGAAUCCAAAUAUCCUCAUACUUACCCUAGUUACCCCCAAUCCUUUGUUUACUUCCACUCUCCUACCAAGAACUCCUGUUUCAGUCCUACCUCUGUCUUAACUACACUUUCACAGUAGACAGUGCUUCUGACUCUUCUCAACCUUAAUCAAUGGGGGAAGGUUUAAUUCCAAGCAACCAAACUAUCUGGAUAGGACAGGGUAUCCCGAGCAGCUAGGAAGAUCCCAAUUGCCUCCUUCUUGCCUUGCACACUUCCCUGAGAGUAUGGAUUUCCUCACCUGGACAUUUAUCAUUUUCUGCCAGGGGAUUCUGCAAAAGGUACUAUGCCUAGAAGGCCACAUGUCAAAAAACUUAGGAUAUCUGGACUUGGGGGCAACAGGAAUGGUGAAGAAUGGACCCUAUGGCACAACCAAGCCUCAUUCUAUCCACCCAUACAGGGUCUUCUCAAGUGACCCAUUCAAAGGAAAGAACCCAAUACAAACACCUCUCAUGCCUUGGGAUUGGAGCAAAAACCAAACACUGUUCAGUGGAGGAGUUGGCCAGAGAGCGAAGCGUAAGCCGUCUCUGAAGACAGGAAGGACAAAGAAGAUCUUUGGUUGGGGCGACUUCUACUUCAACAUUAAGACAGUCAAGUUUAGUUUGUUGGUCACUGGUAAAAUCGUAGACCACAUUAACGGAACUUUUAGUGUCUAUUUCCGGUAUAACUCAUCUAGCUUAGGCAACGUAUCUGUCAGCAUUGUACCACCUACCAAAGUGGUAGAAUUUGACAUUCUUCAGCAGUCGACCUUGGAUACCAGAGAAACCAAGAUUUUUAAUUGUAGGGUGGAAUAUGAAAAGACCAACAGCGCUUUUAAAAACAAACCCUGUCUUUAUGAUCCGGCAAAAUCAUGCUACAUGGAACAUACCCAGAGUCAUGCUGCCUGGCUCUGUGCCAAGCCCUUCAAGGUUAUUUGCAUAUUUAUCUCCUUCUACAGCAUUGACUACAAGUUAGUGCAAAAGGUGUGUCCGGAUUACAAUUUUCAGAACGAGCACCCUUAUUUUGGUUGAUGGACAUACUGGCAAGGGAGGUCAACAAGCAGCUUUACAUAAGAAGGAAGAAUUGAUACAGUAGGUUCACAAGUCAAGAGGUCCAAUGUAAACUAUAAUAUAGAUGUUGCCCUGCUGAACUAGGGACAGAUGAACCCGGGUGUCAUUUUUACUAUAUACUUCAAAAUAUUUUGCAUUUCGAAAACAAUGAGUCUCAAAACCAAAACUGCAUGAAUUUUUCCUGGUAAAAAUAAGUAAAUUUGUCCUUCUGAGUAUCAAACAUUUACACUGAAAGUUUUACAUUCUGCGCUUAUCUCAAUAAUAAAGAAAUACCUCAUUGCCAGAGGAACCUGCUAACAACAAAGUUUUGGUGUUCAACAAAUGUAAAAAAAAAAGUAUGGCAAGUAUAUGAAUAUUUUAUUAUAGUACCUAUAACCAGAAGAUUUCAUUGUAAAAGUAUAACAAACCUUAUUCAAAGCAAAGGAAACAGACACAUGCAA